AUGCAGACCCGAGUCCCGCAGCAAGAUGCGACGCAACAGCUGUGUCCAAGAAGCGAGCAAUCGCCUGAUGUCGAAUCGAAUCAAGUACCCAGUGGUUCACCUGACGACAUGCAUCUGUCAAGCAGAGAUCCAACUUGUUCCAAUACCAAUCACGCUAUAGCAGAGAGUGAUGGUGCCCGUAAUGAAGCUCUUGGUGAAGAAACAACUGUACCUGCAAGCCCAAGAGCUUCCAACAUGCGAAAGAAUGUCGUCAGUCCCGUUUUGUUUAUACAAAAAUGGGCGCGGACGCAUUUACCUCGGGACGCGCCAACGACUCAGCUACGGAAGAAGCUCGCAGAAGCUACAAUAAAAACGCACCGUCAGCUUAAGUUUAUACCCAGGAGUCAUGUCAAAAAAAUUGUUACAGCUGAAGCAGUACAGAUCGAGCUCGACAGGUCAAACUAUCCAACCUUUCGGAGAACUCACAGAGACCCAGUUACUACCGAAGACUAUUCAGCAUAUAGAAAAAUCCUUGCCAUCUUGUACCUCAUUAAGAAGCCAUCUAAGAUCCGGAUGUUUGUCCAAUAUGGUGUCUGCGACAAAGAUCUCCCACUAGUCAAAUGCAACAGCUCGAACAAUCCCCAUUGUUCCCCUGAACUGAGAAGUCGAAACAAUCAUCUGGCACAGCCUAUAAUUUUCAGAAGACGAGACUACGCGGAUGAUUUUCUUGAAAAACAGUGGACAGUUCUCGCUCCUGUAUUUACUAAGAGUGAAGAGGACCGCAAUGCACACAUAGUUCUUGAAUCUGACGCAAUCUUACCUUUUAUCUCCCGAUCUGAAGUCACACGGCAAGGUGGGUUUGGUGACGUCUACAAGACUGAAAUACACCCUGACCAUCAUAGUCUGGGUAUGACUAGUGGAAAUGUCUUCGCUAUCAAAGAAUUGAAGUCAAGUGAUCAGGAAGCAUUUAAUCAAGAAGCUACUGUGCUCGGCAGAAUUUCAAACAAGCGUCAUGCUCACAAACAUCUGAUCACUCUAUUAACCACUUUCCAGCACGGCAAAAAGUUUCAUUUCAUAUUCCCAUGGGCGGAGGCUGAUCUUUUUGAACUCUGGAGACGCCACGAAAACCCACCUGAUCGCGAGAUGAUGGGCGCAUGGAUCAUAGAGCAAUGUCGUGGUCUUGCAGAUGCUCUCAACAGCAUACACAGAUACGCGACGACAUCAGGAACAACAUUGUUCAAUGUCUUCCAUUUGACCGAACAGGUGGACAGCGACAAGAAAAAAAGACUCAUACGAACCGACAGUGCGGGCAGCGAUCGUCACCUCCGCAGUCUGUUUGGCCGCCACGGAGAUAUCAAGCCAGAAAACAUCCUGUGGUAUCCCUGUGAAAACUCCACGGGACGUCAUGGUGUUCUCAAAAUUGCCGAUUUCGGCGUGGCACGCUUCAACACUGUAAAUUCAUGGGAUGCCCAUAAGACUGGUCGAAUUCCCGACACAGAUACCUAUCGUUCACCUGAGAUGAAUCUCAACGGAAACCCGACUACAGCCUGCGAUGUUUGGGCCUUGGGCUGCGUAUUUCUCCAGUUCGUCACCUGGUAUUGUGGAGGCAACAAAUUGGUAGAAUGGUUUGGCAAGCGGCGUUUGGUGAAGGAUCUGCAAGCUGCCAACAUGAAGACCGACACCUUCUUCAUUUUGUAUGUGGAUCAAGGACAGAUAAAGGCUAAAGUCAAACCUGCUGUUGUAGAAAUAAUCGAAGCGCUACAGGGAUAUAAAACCUGCACACGCGAAUACAGAGAACUUCUGAACAUGAUCCAGCAAGACAUGUUAGUCGUGCAGCAACAAGCACCCACACAAGAGGAUAACAAUAAAUCAAAAUCCCAAGAGGCACUCUCUUCGAAUACACAUAGUCAAACUCGGUUGGGUGGUGUUCGAAGAAAGAGCUGCGGAGAUAUCUGGCGUAGAAUAGGUGAUAUUGAGUCUAUUCGCGACCAAGAAGAAGGAUUAACGCGGAUCGACACGUUUGUACCGGCAUCACCUGUUGCCGAGAGUCACUACAUGUGGUCUUCGAAAACUCAUCUGGCUAGUGCGAUGAAUGCACUUGAGAUAUCUUGA